CUUAAGAAGAAGAAGAAGACAAACUAAAAUUCUCUUCUAGGUGCGUGAUGGAAGACCCGCAGGAGUGUCCGUGUGGCCACGUCUUCUGUAAGGACUGCAUCCAGCAGUGGCUGCGGUCGCACAGCACCUGCCCUAACUGUCGCAAACACUGCCACAUGAUCAAGCCUGUGUUACCCAUGGUCCGUAACCUGAUCAGCCACCUCACCAUACGCUGUGAGAACCACCAGGCAGGCUGUGAGAAGAGGGUUCAGCUGGAGUACUAUGACAACCAUAAGCAGACCUGUGACUAUGCCUCGGUGCCCUGUCCCAAUGAAGGGUGCGACAUACAAGUUCUAAGAAUAAACAUGGACGACCAUCGCGGUGUGUGUGACUACCACAGGGAAACCUGUCUGAAGGGAUGUGGCAUCUCCAUACUCAGGAAGGAACAGGCUGGACACAGCUGUAUUCUGGAGUUGAAGAAGAAACUAGAAGAACAAGAACGGGAGAAGCGUUCUCUCCAACAGCAAAAUGCAGAGUUACAAACCAGAGUGGACAACCUGAAGUUCCUGUGCUGGAGGAGCAGAAACUACCUGAAGAAGAACAUGAACACCGAAACACCCGGAACCCUUCACAACCUGUGCGUCGAUCUCGAAAACGCAACAGGACUGGCUCCUGACAACACCGAGGGGCACAGAGAUGCGGCCAUUCCGCAAGCAUCAAGGCAAUUACACUGGUCAGAGUCCGACAGUUCAGAUAUUGAAAAUAUCCCACCUGAAACGUCGCCUGAAAGUAGCCUAUUCCAACCCACAGCUGAAAGUUCCCCAUAUCAACCCUCACCGGCAAAUAGCCCACCUCACACUAUUGACUCACCUAAUGAAUACCAACCCUCACCGGCAAAUAGUCCGCCACGUCCGAUUGGCUCACUUAGCCUGUACCAUAUUGACUCACCUGAUGAAUACCAACCCUCACCUGCAAAUAGCCCAUCACAUCACAUUCCCUCAGAUGGAGAAGAUGAAAAUGAGGAAGGAGGACAAGGUAACACACACAGUGAUGCUGGGAUCGCUACUAACACUGCUGAAACAAAUGCAGAAGAGAGCAAUGCGGACAGGGGAGAAGUACAGCCUCAAGAAAGAACCAGGGCGGAAGGAAUGGAACAUCGCACUCAGGGCUCCACACAAGCCAACAGUAGAGGUACAGAAAGCGAACGCUUCUCUGAAGACGAAGAAUCUAGAGGUACAGAAAGCGAAACCUUCUCUGAAGAUGAAGAAUCUAGAGGUACCGAAAGCGAAACCUUCUCUGAAGAUGAAGAAUCUAGAAGUAGAGAAAAUGAAACUGUCUCUGAAGAUGAAGAAUCUACUAUUGAAUCAGACUCCUCUGAGGAGGCAGAAUCGUCAUCAGACCACUCUGAAAACCUACGGUACCUACUGGCGUCCGAUUCCGAUCUGACAUAUGAUGAAGACUCUCCCUCAGAAUCGGAAACUGCUCCAACAGACCAGAACGUUAACAGACGGAGCACGAACGUACAUGUAGAAUCUGGAUCGUCUCAGCAAAACAGCCAGCAUGAUCGGUCUGAAACAACAGGAGGCACUCAGAGGGCAACAACAUCGACAUCCAACUCUAGAAGGUUAAGUUAUGGUGGAGGGCUUGGUCCGUAUUCUUCCAGAAGUGGAACAUCCAACUCUAGAUCUGGAAGGUUAAGUUAUGGUGGAGGGCUUUCAUUGCCUCUGUAUUCUCCCAUAAGUGGAACAUCCAACUCUAGAUCUAAAAGGUUAAGACAUGGUGGAGGGCUUGCAGUUGGUCUGGAUUCUUCCAGAAGUGGAACAGUACAAAACAGCACUACCUCGACACAGCAAAACAGCCAGAAUAGUUCCGAAAGAACAGCAGAUCAGAGGGCACCAGCAGCAUCGACCUCUGACACUAGAAUGGUAAGACAACGUAGAGGGCUACAUUAUGAACCGGAUUCUCCCAGAAGUGGAACAGUACAAAACAGCACUACUUCGACACAGCAAAACAGCCAGAAUCGUUCCGAAACAGCAUUAAAUCAGAGGGCACCAAUAUCUACCUCUGUCACCAGAAUGGUAAGAUUUCGUAGAGGGCUACAUUAUGAACCGGAUUCUCCCAGAAGUGGAACAGAACAAGACAGCACGGCUGGCUCAACACAGCAAAACAGCCAGAACCGUUCCGAAAGAACAGCAACAGAUCAGAGGGCACCAGUAUCGACAUCUAACACCAGAAUGUUAAGACGUCGUAGAGGGCUUGCUUUUGAGCCAGAUCCUCCCAAUAAUGACACAGUACAAAGCAGCACUACUUCGACACAGCAAAACAGCCAGAAUCGUUCUAAAACAACAGUUGAGAGCGAACAGGUGAGAUCUCGUCAGGAAAAUGCCUGCCCAGCUUCUAACAGACUGGAGGACACUGUGCUUGUGGAAGACAGUGAGGAAGUGGGUGACAAUGCAGAUGGGCCUAGGUGA